AUAAGAAAAAUCUUCUGUCCCUGUCGGGUAUGGGAACAAUCUUAUCGAUGGUCAUUGUUACGAUAAUGCGAUCGAAAGUCGUGUUUCGGCAACGUGUUCCAACUGUUACAUUGGUUGUCAUUGUUGGGGCAAUGUUCUCGGCUCCUAUUAUGACUCCAGUGCUUGGUUUUUGUAAAGUGAAAAGUUCAGGUAAUUCAUGAUUUCAAUGUUCAACUUUGGGUGCACUUUAACGGUAUUAUAAUAGGCAUUACUCCCGACACCUAACUGUAUCUACGAGGAGUUACUUGGAGGAAGUACGCACUGCAGGCAAAAGAUGUCGGUAAUCCCCAAGCCCGUCGCUCACUUUCGGAAGCAGUCAGGAAGCGGCUGCAUAUGUUGGUAUUAACUGCGGAGCUUCCAAUCUUGGUAUUAUCUAUGCUUACUAUGGCGCAGAGCGUAAAGCAAAAUAAGUGUUUUAAUUCGUUUCAACGUUUAAUAAAUGUUAUAAACAAAUUGGAGGGGCGUGUUUCAACAUAAAUAUUUUUAUUACAUGUCGUAAGAUAUCGGUCUGUGUAGAGAUGGUAGACUUCAUAAUACGAGUUAGAAGCCGCGACAUAAUUGUGAUAUUACGCCUGAAAUCAAGAUUUUUGGACAGGCAUAAUUUUGUUACAGAGGUGCCAUGGAAGUUACACCUGAGCCGAGGUAGCCUGGUUUCCGUGGCUUGCUAGCAAAUAGCAGGGGCCAUGCUGAUUAAGGAGUACCACAUUCCACUUCCUCUCACUGUAGAGGAAUAUCGGAUCGCACAGCUGUAUAUGAUUUCUAAAAAGAGUCGUGAAGAAAGCAAAGGGGCAGGAAGUGGUGUGGAAAUUCUGGUAAAUGAGCCGUAUGACGAUGGGCCUGGUGGUCAAGGACAGUACACCCACAAAAUUUAUCAUGUUGGCAGUCAUUUACCAGGAUGGUUUAAGAGUCUGCUUCCCAAAUCAGCGCUAACUGUAGAGGAGGAAGCUUGGAAUGCUUAUCCUUAUACAAAAACUCGCUACACAUGCCCUUUUGUGGAAAAAUUUUCACUUGAGAUAGAAACGUAUUAUCACGCUGAUGAUGGUCACCAGGAGAAUGUGUUUGGCCUUUCUGGAAGUGAUCUCAGGAACAGAGUAAUUGACUUAAUUGAUGUAGUGAAAGACCAGCUUUAUGGGGCUGAUUAUGUUCGUGAAGAAGAUCCAAAAGUGUAUGUCUCUCAAAAAACAGAUCGUGGACCAUUGGCUGAUACGUGGUUGGAAGAUUAUUGGAAUGAAUGCAAGGGCCAGGAAAUGCCACUUCCAAAUGGAAAAUCUAUUAUGUGUGCAUACAAGCUGUGCCGAGUGGAGUUCCGAUACUGGGGAAUGCAGACAAAACUGGAAAAAUUCAUACAUGAUGUGGCUCUACGGAAGACAAUGCUACGAGCUCACCGGCAGGCAUGGGCAUGGCAGGAUGAAUGGCAUGGAUUGUCAAUGGAUGAUAUUCGGCAGAUUGAGAGACAGACACAAGAAGCUCUGAAGAAAAAGAUGGGAAUGAGCGACAAGGAAUCACCUGACUCGAGUGAUGAGCUGGACGAGGGUUUCACAACGUCAAAUGGCGGCACAGCAGGUGCCAUAACCACUCCUCAGGAUUCCUCGAUGGCCAAGACGUUGCAGGCUACUCUGGGGAGUAUUGAAAAAACAGAACAAGAGAUGCCAAGUCCACCUGUUAUAAAGAAAUCUGAUGUCGUUCCAACCAUUCAGACAGAUGGCUCAAAUGAAGAUUGUAGCCCUGAUGAUUCACCCACAGAAGUUAUUCUCAGGCAUCCUGAUGAUGCAGGAAGUGUGGGAGGAAGUGUCUCACUCCAGGAUUUGGAGACCCGCAGAAAAUUCUGGCCUCACAACAACUCAAAGCCUGCUCUUCACUCUCCAAGUUCUACUUCAACCAAAAGCUUUGACCUGCAGGUGGCGAACUGGAGAAUGGAAAGCAUCGUUCGAGAUUCAGACUCUGAUAGUGAUGACGAAUUCUUUGAUUGUCAAGAGGAUAUUGGAGACUCAACUUCUUUGGCAAAGUGGAGUUCUUUGGAUCUUUUGACUGAAGAAGACUUGGAUGGUACAUCCCCUGCAGUUAUUAUAGAUAAACAAGCUGACAGCAUAUUCUCUCAGACAUUUUUACAACGUGUUGUCAGUGAAAGGGGUCGAAUGAUAGGUGGGGGAUGCAGUAUGGAUGUAUCAUGUCCUGGCUCACCAAUUAUGACACCUUCCCACCAUUCAAAAUGUAGUACCACAGCACUCAUACUUGUUCUCCAUGCUGGUAGUGUCCUGGAUGCAAAUGUAGAUUUGACUGCAAAGAAAUCUGAUAUUACAACAUUUCGUGGCGCUUUUGAAUCUGUAAUGAGGCAGCACUAUCCUUCUAUGGUUGGCCGUAUUGCCAUCCGAUUGGUCUCAUGCCCUUCCAUUUGCACAGAGGGUCUAGGGAUUCUUUCUAGCCUGAGCCCUUACAGCUUCGAUGUGUCUCCAUCAUGUACAGAUAUUCCACAUGUGACACAUGACUCCAUACCUAUUGGGGCCAUCCCCAUAUUUGCCAGUUCAGCCCCUGAAUAUCAGGAUGCUAUCUCUAGAAUAAUCAGUGGAGCCAACACAGCCUACCAAGAGUUUGUGAGAUCACAGGAAGGACAAGGAUUCAGUGGACAAGUCUGUUUUGUUGGAGACAGUGUAGGUUCCAUCUUGGGUUAUGAUGCUCUAUGCCGAUCCAUUCAGUACCAGUCUCACCAUGACAGUGACAAUAGUAUCCUGGAUACUAAUGGUCCAUCUGGAGAAGACGGAGAUGUCGCAAAACCCGUCCAUAAGAUUCUAUUAACAGAUGGAAGUCAUGUAGCUGAUGGGCAGUCCAACAUUGAGGGACUGAACCCCAACAAAAAUCUUGCAGCACCAGCACCUCGAAGAAGAUCUUCUUCAACAAAUGACCAUCAGUGUAAAUUAUAUUUUGAGGUGAAUGAUUUCUUCAUGUUUGGAAGUCCACUUGCAUUGGUUCUUGCUUAUAGGAAGAUAUCUUCAGCUGAUGACAAAAACACUCCAAUUGCAAGACCCUUAGUGCAGCAGGUGUACAACCUGUUCCAUCCAACAGAUCCAGUUUCUGCUAGGCUGGAACCUCUGCUGUCAGCAAGGUUUUCCAUGUUGCCACCCAUAAAUGUGGCUCGCUACCAGAAGUAUCCUUUAGGAGAUGGACAACCAUAUCAUAUCUUGGAGAUUAUCCAGGCAAACCCUCAGAUGUUUGCAGAAGGUAUGAAUAUAGCACCUCCUACACCAGGUUGCCACCUGCGGCGGAUGUCAGAAGUCAGUAUACAAAGUACAAUAUCAGGUGUCAUAGACUCUUUACCACUUCAGACUAUCAAUGCUUUAACCCAGAAAUGGUGGGGCACAAAGCGGCUUGACUAUGCCUUGUAUUGUCCUGAAGGACUGGCAAAUUUUCCAACCAAUGCUCUGCCACAUCUGUUCCAUGCCAGUUACUGGGAAUCCUCUGAUGUUAUAGCAUUUAUUUUGCGCCAGCUUGGUCGCAUAGACCUUGUGCCACCAGUUGGUAAUGAAGAAAAGGAACUUAUAAGCUUCAGCCCAAGUCAGCCAAGGGAAAAGUGGAUGAAAAAGAGAACAUCAGUGAAGCUUAAGAAUGUUGCAGCAAACCACCGUGCUAAUGAUGUCAUAGUGAAAGAAGGUGCACCUCAAGUCUUGGUUGCACGCUUCAUGUAUGGCCCUCUUGACAUGAUCACUUUGGCAGGAGAGAAAGUUGAUAUACACGUCAUGAAAGAUGCUCCUGCUGGGGAAUGGACACUUGUAGCCACUGAAGUAACGGACAAGACUGGCCGUGUUACUUACACGUUUUCCGAAGACAAUGCCCUUGGUUAUGGCAUGUAUCCUAUCAAAAUGGUUGUAAGAGGAGAUCACACAUCAGUAGACUUCUAUAUGGCAGUGGUACCUCCCAAAACAGAAUGUGUUGUAUUCAGUAUUGACGGAUCAUUUACAGCCAGCAUGUCUGUAACAGGACGUGACCCCAAAGUUCGGGCUGGUGCAGUUGAUAUCGUGCGGCACUGGCAGGAGCUGGGAUACCUGAUAAUAUAUAUCACAGGUAGACCUGACAUGCAACAGCAUAAGGUUGUCUCAUGGCUAUCACAGCACAACUUUCCGCAUGGAUUGGUGUCUUUUGCUGAUGGACUGUCUACUGACCCUUUGGGACACAAGGCAACUUACCUCAAGAACCUCAUACAGGAACAUGGACUGGUGGUUCAUGUAGCAUAUGGCAGCAGUAAAGACAUCAGUGUAUAUACUUCAAUUGGCCUGAGAUCAAAACAAAUAUUUAUUGUGGGAAAGGUGUCCAAGAAGCACCACACACUAGCAACUGUGCUGCAGGAUGGAUAUGCUGCCCAUUUGACCACCCUGUUGGCACACGGAGGCUCUCGACCUGCACAAGGCAAUGCUAGGAUGGUUAUCCCCAGAGGUUACUUUGGUUUGCCCGGACAGAAUGCAUCCCUCAGAAGACGAAGGUCUGCAAAACGAGCCACAUCAUAUCCACUCAUGGGUGGAAUCAGGUCAUCAGAACAAAGUGUUGGUGUAUCUUCGCCAUGUUGUUCAUCGACCCGUCUUCCAUCUGACAAACUCUGACAGUCUUUGUCCUUUCAUAAAUCUAGUCAGUUUUGCUGCUGGAAGACAUUCCAACAUAACAGGCAAAUUGGUGGACUUGAAUAGCUCAACUUGUGUGCAUCCCCACACAUCAUUAAUUUUUAGUUGUUGUUAUGUUCUAGUCUUUUCAGACAGAUGAGUAUAAUAAAGAGAGAUGACAUGUGAAGAAUAUCAGCGCAUACUGGAUUUAGUCAGUGGCCAUCAGAGUGUUGUUUCAUGUUGUGAUUUGAAUCGGUUGUCUGAUGAAUUAUUGCAUUUGUACAAGCAGCAGAAAAAUGAAACUGACCGUAAGAAAAUUGGUAUGUCUGAAACGGUUGUAAGACGGUUCACAGUAUGUUUGUCGGUUAUAAGAAUAUUCUUAAAAAUUUGUGUUUGAAACACAUUUAUCAAUUAAUAAAGACAUUUGGAUGAAAAAAGACAUAAGUCUAUCUGCUGAAUUGUAUUCAGUAGACUGUAUUGUUAUGACUUCAUGUCUGCGUUUGAGUGCAUGAAUUUCUAAACAUGUAACUAUGACCACAUACCACAUGGUUUUUGGUAUUGCUAACUCAGUAAUUUUAUAUAAUUAAAUAAAUUAUAAAGUAAUUAAAUAUUAGAAUGUACCUCCUUUUUAUGUAAUGAUGUUUGCAGAGCAAACAUUAAUAUCAGCUGUAAUAACUACAUUCAGUUUGUCAUGACUUAUAUUUAUACGUACUAGAAAACUUUAUGGAAGAUGGUCAUAGUGUAUGCAAGUAGUGAAAGCAAAUGAGACAAAACAUUUGUACAUGAAACAUGACGCUUAUAAAUGUAUAUGUGAAUAUUCAUUACUUUAUGUAAACAAAAAUUAUUGUUCCUUUAUAGAAAAACUGCAUAUAAUAUAUAAAUAACUAUA